AUGUCUAGUGUACCUUUCAAUUCCCCACUUCCUAUAUCCAGCCAUUUAGAUUAUAAUGAAGAAGAAAAGAAAAGCAGAGGCUCAAGAUCCAGCUUAAGGUACAAGAUACUGUACUGGAAGAAAACUUUAAGCGGCUCUUUGGCAAGAUGGAAAAAACGAAUACUAUUAAUAUCCCUGACUUUGUUUUUGUUCAUAUGGAUAAGUGAUUCCACCAUCAGCGGGAACCCAACUACCACGAGUUUUCAAGGCCAAGACAGUAGUGAGAAUAAGUUUAACAAAGGAGGAUCCGGCCUUGAUCCAAAAAGAUAUCUACCGCCAUAUUCGAAGAGACCGAGAUGGUCGUUUUGGAACCAAGACCCCAAAAUUGUCAUCAUAUUAGCGGCAAACGAGGGCGGUGGUGUCUUGAGAUGGAAAAAUGAACAGGAAUGGGCUAUCGAAGGCAUAUCUAUCGAAAACAAGAAAGCUUACGCGAAGAGACAUGGGUACGGGCUGACCAUCAAGGAUCUAACAACGUCCAAGAGAUACUCCCACGAAUACAGAGAAGGCUGGCAAAAGGUGGAUAUAUUGAGACAGACGCUCAGAGAGUUCCCUAACGCGGAAUGGUUCUGGUGGUUGGACCUGGAUACUAUGAUUAUGGAACCUUCCAAAUCGUUAGAAGAACACAUUUUCGAUAGAUUAGAUACUCUAGCCGACAGAGAAUUGAAAAACUUCAAUCCAUUGAAGCUCAAAGACGACAUACCCUACGUCGAUUAUUCACAGGAAAUGGAAUUCCUGAUAACACAAGACUGUGGUGGGUUUAAUCUGGGUUCAUUUCUGAUAAAAAAUAGUGAGUGGUCCAAACUACUUUUAGAUAUGUGGUGGGAUCCCGUUCUGUAUGAACAAAAACAUAUGGUCUGGGAACAUAGAGAACAAGACGCGUUAGAAGCGCUGUACGAAAAUGAGCCGUGGAUUCGUUCAAGAAUAGGCUUUUUACCCUUAAGAACGAUCAAUGCAUUCCCACCGGGGGCAUGUUCAGAAUACAGUGGUGAUUCAAGAUAUUUCUACAGUGAAAAGGAUCACGAUUUCAUCGUCAAUAUGGCCGGAUGUAAUUUUGGCAGAGAUUGUUGGGGAGAGAUGCGAUACUACACCACGUUAAUGGAAGAACUGAAUAGAAAAUGGUAUACGAGGUUUUUCUUCCCGUAG